AUGGGCUGCUCCGCUGGUGCACCAAUCAAGGACAAGGUGAAGCUGGAAGCGCUCCAGAACAUGCAAGCCCGGUUCCCGCUCCGCCGACCGGCGCUGCCUGGAGACGUCUUGCUCAGUGGCAACUUGCCCUGCGACGUGGUGGGGCAGCUCGCGGGCCACUGCAAGGGAUGGCUGUAUUUGAAUGAGACUUCGGAUGAGCAUUACUUCCCUGCCGCCAUCCGGGCAGAGGGCUGCGAGCUGGAGGUCAUUCCCUUCAAGCCUAACAAAGAGCUGCCAACCAGCGUCGUUGAGGAGCUGGUUAACUGCAUUGGCCGGCUGCCUCGCCCUUUGAUGAUCCAGUGCACCAGUGCAAACCGAGCUGCAAUUGCCAUGCUCGCUUGGAUGGCGAAGAUGCGCGGCUACACCCCUGGCUGCAUAGACCUUCUGGUUGCAGAUCUCCAGAUCGACACCGUGAGAGCAGAGGCCAAAGCUUGGCUCCAGUCGAGGUUGCCCUCGUUGGGACAACGGGAUGGCAGCCCGCUGAUUCAACAGAGCCCUGAGGUGAGACAGUUCUUCGAUUCCGUGUCCAGCACUUUGACAUACUUGAUUGCCUGUCCAGCCACCAAGCAAGCUGUUCUCAUCGACCCGGUUUUGGAGCACAAGGAUCGCGACCUAAAGGCCAUCACAGAGCUGGGCUUGCGCUUGAAGUACGUGCUGAACACGCACUGCCAUGCAGACCAUGUGACUUCCGGCGGUGCGAUCCGAAAGGAUUGCCCACACGUGCAGACCAUCAUCUCCAAGUCAUCUGGAGCCCAAGCAGACAUCCACGUGCAGCACGGGGACAAGGUGGCUUUCGGCGACCUUUCCAUGGAGGUUCGUGCCACUCCAGGCCACACCGAUGGCUGUGUGACAUAUGUGUUGAAGACCCAGACGGCCACGUUUGCCUUCACCGGUGACACCCUUUUGAUUCGUGGCUGUGGUAGGACUGACUUCCAGCAAGGCAAUUCCUUCACUCUUCAUGACAGUGUUCACACGCAGAUUUUCACUCUUCCAGAUGAUGCCCUCGUUUGCCCAGGCCAUGAUUACAAGGACAGAGGGGUAUCUUACGUGCUGGAGGAGAAAAUGUUCAACCCCCGGCUGACCAAGUCUCCAGAGGAUUUUGCCAAGCUCAUGGAGGACCUCAACCUGCCGAACCCGAAGCAGAUUGACAUCGCCGUGCCCGCCAACAUGGCCUGCGGUGUACAGUUUGACCCGUCUGAGAACCUCCCGAUCUAG